AUGCCAAGCAAUUGCAUUGCACACACGGAAUCUCAGACAGAGACUCUUGCCGAAGACGCGGAAUGCCAAACCUUUCCAAUCGAGCAAUGCGAUCAAUCAACGCAGGUCGAGCCGAGAACGCAAGCAAGCCGGGAGGUGCAAAUGGAUAGGAAGCUUAUGGAAAAAAGAUCGCAGACGCAAGCCACCACGAGGCAACACCCCAUCCAGACUACCGACAUCCAAACUCGGCAGGACGAACCACCGAGCAGCAGAGACGGCAAGCGUCGCUUAGGCAAGAACCAGCCCGCCCACCUUGAAGCAAAAAAGAGAAAAGAACGGGAGGAAAGGGAGAUGAACGACGAGGGCGUUCUAGAGACGAUGGAUGAAGUCGGCGAGGACGAGGGUGAAGCCAAAGACAAUGACGAACCAGGCGAACCGAGCGAGGAGGACGUAGUCAGAGGGCAGAUAGAACAGGAAGCGCAGCAAACCCAAGCACAAAUGGCUACGGACAGAGUGGAACCCGCGGGAGCAGGAGGUCGUGUACAUCCAGAAGUGCCUGUCAGGGAUCCAGCCAGAGAACGAGAGCAGCGGCGUCAGCAACUCAGAGCGAAAUUAAGAAACGCCCAACAGGAGCGGGAGGACCUCCGUUUCAUGCUACAAGAGCUGGAAAGAUAG